GAGGGGGAGAGACGGUGUCUAGUGACCGAGGGUACGCUCGUCCUCGCACCUCCCUCUUUGCCGUCGGUCGGAGCAGUCGCGCGCCACCGGAGUGCGCGAGGAAGUGGGAUUUAUUCUCCUCGUGCGAAUCGACACGUUGGACAUCAGCGAACUAUUCCCGAAGAUGCUCUUCUUCCUGCUGCCCGCCGUGGCUCUUCUGCUGAGCAGAGAAUCCACGGUCUCCGGGAGCACUAACGACAAAUGGCUGAGCUCCGUCUCCCAGUACAAGGACAGAUCCUGGAACAGAUUCAGAGACGAUGACUACUUCAAAAGCUGGGCUCCUGCCAAGUCUCUGGACCAAGAGCGAGAAGCAGAACCUGGCAGACAUGGAGACCCGGGAACUAAAGCUCACUCCGGCUCAGCCAAGAAGACAAUCCAGGAUGGUCCAGAUGCCACCAAAGACCCCUGUCUGAAGGUGCGCUGCCCUCCCCACAAGGUGUGUGUCAGCCAUGACUAUCAGACUGCCAUCUGCACCAAUCACAAGCAGCCACCUCACAGUGUGAAACCCAGGAAAGGCGGUGCAGGCCACAAGCACAGGCUCGAAGCAGGAGCUCAUGGGAAAUGUAGGCCAUGCUCGGGCACCCAGUCGAGUUCUGUGUGUGGAUCUGACGGACACACUUACUCCUCUUGGUGUAAGUUGGAGUUCCAGAGCUGCUUGUCUGGGAAGACGAUUUCAGCCAAAUGUGACGGGCUGUGUCCCUGCUUGCCUGGUCAGGAGCCCAGCAGACCACCACAUAAGACUGGAAAGGCCGCCUGCACUGACACACAGCUCCACAGUCUGGCUGCGAGACUAAAGGACUGGUUCGGAGUUCUGCACCUCGACGCCAACAGAGACCUCAAAUCCUCUGACAGCUUUGACUCCACCGCUGGACACUUCGACACCAGCAUCUUGCCCAUCUGCAAGGACUCGCUCGGCUGGAUGUUCAACAAGCUCGACAUGAACUUUGACCUCCUGCUGGACCAAUCGGAGCUGAGUGCCAUUUACCUGGACAAGUAUGAGCUGUGCAUGAAGCCCCUCUUCAACUCUUGUGACUCCUUCAAGGACGGCAAGCUGUCCAACAACGAGUGGUGCUACUGCUUCCAGAAACCUGAGGGACUGCCCUGCCAAGCUGAGAAGAGCAGAAUCCAGAACCAGAGUCGAAGGAAGAGCCUCAUUGGCUUUUAUAUCCCCCGCUGCACUGAGGAGGGCUACUACAAACCAACCCAGUGUCACGGCAGCACGGGCCAGUGUUGGUGUGUGGACAAGUACGGCAACGAGAUCGCUGGCUCCAGAAAACAAGGCAACCCGAACUGCGAUGAGGACCAAGAGACAUCGGGGGAUUUCGGCAGCGGCGGCGCCGUCAUUCUCCUGGACGACCAGGAGGAGGAGCCAUCACGGAGCGGGCGCAGCCGGCAGAAGAAAAGACGGGGCCGGAUUCACCCCCGAGGAGCCAUCGAGGACGACGAGGACGAGGGAGACGACAAGGAUGACGAGCUUGGCUAUGUUUGGUAGCUCCGCCCCAUUUUAUUUCGCCAUCGGCCAACCAGGAAACUCGGCACAAAUCUGAAGCCAUUCCAACGUCUCCUCCUCCAGUUACUUUGGGAGCAGUCCAUCUUUUGUCUCCUGAACUUGCCCUUGUGAUUUCUGUACCUUCUGCAUACCCCUCUUUCAGCAAACCUCAUCCGACCUCUUCAUUUUCAAGUGUUUUCACUUUCAGAUGCACAACAGCCACCAACUAGAUUUCUGCUCAAGCUUUCCACUCUCUGCCCCCGGCUUGCCCCCAAACCUGCAAUCUAUAACCCCCUCUAACAUGGACUUGCUCCUCUAUUGUCCCAAGUACUGCCUGUGUCUCCUUCCUUUUCCUCUUCUAUCUCUGUGCAUCCAUGUCGGAGCCUCUGGUCGGCCCAGAUAGUGGAUCAAAUCCCUCCCUGUCCUUCCAUCAGCGGCUUCACCCUCAUGUUCGGUGUCCCGCCGUCAGGCUCCUUCCAGUGUUCAAAGAUGAGCUCAGAGAGGCUCCCCUCUCGCUCUUGUUAUUUCAUGGAGGAUUGUAAAUUAUUUCGUUGUUGAUCUUGAAUGUCCCAGAAAGCCCAGGAAGCAAUGAGAUAAAUGAUGUAUUGUCGUUGUUGUUGCAUGUUCCUCAUCGUGUUUCUGUGAAAGAGAGACCUGGCCAGGUCUAUAGCUCUAUGCAUCUCAAGCAGAAAGUGAUUCCUAUUUGGCUGCUACAAUACUUGUUGCUAUGUUGAUGCUGUCUAGUGUCUUUUUAGUUCUUCUCCCAAUCUCAGGAGGUAGGAGGUGGCAUUUGCAGAGCGAUAGCAGUUUAGAAGAAUCGAACUACAAGGCCUACAGUCCAAACCUGUGGCGUUUGGCCGGCUGUCCUUUAGUUAUCAGUCGGUAGGGCUUCUGAGGCUGUUUGGCUGUGAAUAGACUCGAGAGGAAGAAGCUGCUCCUGAGCUGGGAGGACACAUGAAGUCAGGCGAGCAGAGAAGAGGCUCCGCUCCGCCUCCCAACACUGGAUAUGUCCGUGAUUUAAAAAUUGAAAUCCUCACUGUGUCAACUAAGUGAACUUUUAUUUGUAACUUUGAACAUUUAAGUAAAGUGGCACUUUGGGUGUCUUUUGAACCUUC